ACGUGCCACUAUACUGAUGGCAUCAAUCUUUUUUUAUACCUUGACGUCCGUCGUUGCGGGAUAUUCCAGUGCGAACACAUAUCAGAUUUAUGGAGGUCGUAAUUGGAUAAAGAAUAUUCUUGUAACUGCUACUUUAUGGCCUGGAAUACUCAGUAUUAUGACGGCUAUGAUCAAUUUUGUUGCCGUCUAUUACUCUACAAUCCUUUGUCGUAAUUGGGCAAGUCAGCCAAAUUUUCCCUGCCGUGUUAAUCCUAUUCCACGACCUAUUCCUGAGAAAAUUUG